AUGCAGAGGAUAGUGGAUCACGCCGUCGGGGUGGCGAAGGAGUCCGUCAAAGCCGCCUCUCGCGAGGCGUUCCACAACACGGCCAACUUUGUCAACUCGGCGUCAGCGCUGGUGCUGGCGUGUCUGCCCAACAAGUCGCCCAUCACCGAAGGGCUCCAUGGCUCCUGGGACCUCCGCCCCACCUUCCGCUCGCCGCGCCUCCCCGCCUGGAUGGCCCAGCACAGCGUGUUGGAGGACUUGGCUUUUGAGAAUUCUCAAAAGCCACACGAAUAUCUCUGCAGGCACGGCGUGUUGGAGGACUUGCAGCUCUUCUGGGAGCUGGUCAUUCAGCGCUUCUUUGAUGCCGUGCGCUCGGUGCUUCACUCCACUCCUGCUCCUUUGUAUAAUAUGCACGGGGUGUUGGAGGAUCUACAGCUCUUCUGGGAGCUGGUCAUCGAGCGCUUCUGUGAUGCCGUGUGGCACAGAGUGUUGGAGGAUCUGCAGCUCUUCUGGGAGCUCGUGAUUGAGCGCUUCUUUGAUGCCGUGCGGCAUGGCGUGUUGGAGGAUCUGCAGCUCUUCUGGGAGCUCGUGAUUGAGCGCUUCUUUGACGCCGUGCGGUCGGUGCUGCUCUUCUGCCUCUUCCCCUGGCGGCUCCUCUCCUUCCUCUUCACUCCGCUGCUGCGCCUCCUAGGCCUCCCAGUCGCGCCCUCACAGGGCCUUCAACCCUCACCUGAAGCUGCCGCAUCUGCUGCUGGGGGGGCUGCUGCUGGUGGUGCUGAUGCCAGUGGGGGUUGGGGUGCUGCUGCGUUCAGUGCACCAGCAGCAGAUGUGGCACCCGAGAGUAGGUACCCCUACGAGGCCAUCAAGGUGGUGGCUGAGGACGGGUACGUGCUCACAAUGGAGCGCAUCGGAGAGAGAGAGAAUCCCCGUGAACCCGUGCGCUCACUCACUCACACCCCCCUUUUCUUCACCCACACCUUUCCUCCCCCGUCAGGUACCCCUACGAGGCCAUCAAGGUGGUACUCCUACGAGGCCAUCAAGGUGGUAACUGAGGACGGGUACCCCUACGAGGCCAUUAAGGUGGCGACCGAGGAUGGGUAUGUGCUCACACUGGAGUACCCGUACGAGGCCAUCAAGGUGGUGACAGAGGAUGGGUAUGUGCUCACGUUGGAGCGAAUCCCAAGGAAGGACUCUUUGAGGGUGGUGUUCCUGCAGCACGGCAUUCUAGACAGCUCCAUUGGGUGGGUUUCCAAUGGUGUGGUGGGAUCUCAAGCAUUCGCAGCCUACGACCAAGGCUUCGACGUGUUUCUGGGCAACAUGCGGGGCUAUGUCACGAGGCAGCACGUGGAUCUGCGCAUCUCUGCCAGCAGGUACUGGAACUACAGCGUGAACGAGCAUGGCAUGUGUGACAUACGAGCUAUGAUAGACUGCAUCCACCACACCAAGAUCCGCGACCUCGCCCCUCCUCCCCGUCCCUCUCUCGUCCCACCUCAGCAGCAGCAGCAGCAGCAGCAGCAGCAGCAGCAGCAGCAAGCCGUGAACCCCCAGCAGAGCCAGGAGCAGCACGAGUGGCGGCAGCGUAGCCCUUCAGAAGCAUUAGAUGCCCUGGGCCUUGUACACAGUGACUCAUCCUUGCACCCUGGGCCUGCUGUACAUAGUCACGGUUUCGAUACAGGAGUAGCAGCAGGAGGUGCUGAUACGCUGUAUCGGGACAAGCCACAAUCGGGUACAGGUGGUUCUGGGUGGACACCUGGCAGCCAGACGAUGCAGGAUGGCGUGAUGACGUGGCAGCCAGGGUGGCACGAGGUGAGGCCUGCUCCUGUGUCGCUGAUAGAUGCUCUGAGGGUGAGGCGAGAGGAGGAGAUGAGGGAGGCGGAGAUGGAGGGGGAUAGAAGGGAUGGGGAGACAGCAGCAGCAGCAGCAGCAGCAGCAGCAGCAGCAGCAGCAGCAGCAGCAGCAGCAGCAGCAGCAGCAGCAGCAGCAGCAGCAGCAGCAGCAGCAGCAGCAGCAGCAGCAGCAGGAACAGCAGCAACAAGUGCUGCAGAGGCUUCAGAUCAGAAGCAGCAACAGCAGCAGGGGCAGCAGCAGGGGCAACAGCAAGGGGAGCAGCAGGGGCAGCAGCAGGGGGUACCAUGGAGUGAGGAGCAGCCGUACCAUCUGCAGGCAGUGGCGCACAGCCUGGGAGGGGCAGCCAUGAUGAUCUACCUCGUCACCCAGCUAAUCCGGAAACAGCCCCACCGCCUCUCCCGCCUCAUCCUCCUCUCCCCCGCUGGCUACCACGAGAAGACCCCCCUCCUAUUCGAUGUGAUGCUCUUCCUCAUGCCAUACGUCGACUCGUGGCUCUCCCACUCCGUACCAGCCGUCUACAUCCCCACGCAGGGCCUGCGCCUGCUCUUCAACAAGCUAGCUCAGGACUUUCAAAACCUGCCUGCAUUGCGCUGCCUGGUUCAGGUUCUGAUCUCGAACAUCAUAGUGGGGGGAGAUUCGUCCGACUGGGUGGGCGCUUUGAGGCAACCCCAUUACAACAUGUACAACAUGCCUGGCAUAGCCUACAACGUCAUGAAGCACCUCGCUCUCACCAAGCGCGAGCGCCGAUUCAUCAUGUUCGACUACGGCUCACCCGCAGCAAACCUCGCAGUGUACGGCUCCCCCGAAGCAGUCGACAUUGGAGCGUAUUACCGUCUUAUUGAUAUCCCCAUUGAUGUUGUCGCCGGGCGGCGCGACCGUCUUAUUCCCCGGGAGAUGGUCCACUGGCACUACAAGACGCUGAAGGCCGCCGGGCGGCAGGCGUCGUACCGGGAGUUUGAGUAUGCACAUCUGGACUUCACGUUUGCACAUAAGGAGGAGCUGUUAGCAUAUGUGAUGCGGAGGCUCAGGGUCGAUCUGCCGAAGCUGCACCUCAUGCCGAACCUGUCGCCGAACCGGUCGCCGAACCUGCGUGCCCGCGUGGCGGAGUUUGAUAGGUCGAGGAGCUCGCCUGCCAUGGCUGGGAUGGCAGGUUUGGCGUCGGCCGUCUUCUCUCCUCUCGGAGUGUCAGUGGAUGAUUCCCCCACGCUUGAAGGGCAGCUGUCGUUUGCCGGGUGGCGGAGUGGGACCCCUGCAGUCGGGAAUGAAUGA